AUCUCUGUGUCGGGGGGCGGGCUGCCCCCAGUGAGCACCCUGACCAACAUCCACAGCUUGUCCCACCACAACCCGCAGCAGUCCCAGAACCUCAUCAUGACGCCGCUUUCGGGAGUCAUGGCCAUCGCACAGAGUCUGAACACCUCGCAGGCGCAGAGCGUACCUGUUAUCAACAGCGUUGCUGGCAGGUUGGCCGGCCUGGCGACGGGCCCGGUCUCCCAGCAGCUCCACAGCCCGCACCAGCAGCCACUGAUGCAGCAGUCGCCCAGCCAUAUGACACAGCAGCCUUUUAUGGCCACCGUAACUCAGCUGCAGAACUCGCACAUGUAUGCACACAAACAGGAGCCUCCCCAGUAUUCCCACACAUCCCGCUUCCCCUCGGCGAUGGUGGUGACAGACACCAGCAGCAUCAGCACGCUGACCAAUAUGUCUUCCAGUAAGCAGUGUCCCCUGCAAGCCUGGUGAUGCUCCACACCUCGCUGCUUUUGCACAUAGCAACGGGAUCUUAUUUUCCACAACAUCUCGCCGGUGCCGAGCCCAGGAAGUCGCCAGAGCGAAGCCCAGCGCCGCAG